UUAAAGAUGAAGACUUUAUGAAACACACGAACAUAAACGCAUAACGUUGCCGACUUCCGCGCUGGCUCAAAAAGCACUCGAACGCACCACGACUGCUUCAGUGUUCGGGCGCCUGGCAGAAGUCAAGAUGCAGACUAUAAAAUGUGUAGUGGUGGGCGACGGUGCUGUGGGGAAGACCUGCCUGCUGAUUUCAUAUACCACCAACAAGUUCCCGUCUGAAUACGUCCCUACGGUGUUUGACAACUACGCUGUGACGGUGAUGAUCGGCGGCGAGCCGUACACUCUGGGGCUGUUUGACACCGCAGGCCAGGAGGACUACGACAGACUGCGACCCCUAAGCUACCCCCAGACAGACAUCUUCCUUGUGUGCUUCUCCGUCGUGUCGCCGUCUUCCUAUGAGAACGUCAAAGAGAAGUGGGUGCCGGAGAUUUCCCACCAUUGCCCGUCCACGCCGUACCUACUGGUGGGUACGCAAAUAGACCUGAGGGACGACCACAACACCCUGGAGAAGCUGGCCAAGAACAAACAGCGAGCUCUGAUGCCCGAGCACGGAGACAAGCUGGCGCGAGAUCUGAGGGCUGUCAAAUAUGUGGAGUGUUCAGCGCUAACGCAGAGGGGGCUGAAGAACGUGUUUGACGAAGCCAUCCUUGCGGCGCUGGAGCCUCCUGUGUCCAAACCCAAGCGGCGCUGCGUCCUGCUCUAAGGCGCUUCUCAGCCCAGACGACGAGGGCGAGGUGUUGGGCCGGGUGGGGGUAUACUUAAACAUGGCUUAGAUAUCAAAGAGGAAACAACAUUGUUGCCAUCUAAAAUAUUCGAAGAAAAACUUUAAGGCGACCACAAGAGAUGUGCCUUAAAAUAACCAUUUGUAAAGUCUUAGAUCACUGUUUUGGUCCAAAAAAGCCUUGGCAAUAAAGUUUUUCCUAUUUUAAAAUCCCCAAAAUAAUGAUGAUGUGGACUAACCGCUGUACUGUUCAUCGCAAAAGUGCACAACCAUACAAGUGCAGAUGUUAGACAGUGGCUUCCUUCAGCAAACCCAACUCUAGUUUGCAAUCCUUGUCCAAAAGCAACAUUCAGUCAUCGAUCCGGAAGAAAAUUGAUAUUGUGAUGGGUCUUCUUCAACAUGAGUGCUCUCCUGGAACAUCAGUAGAAGGCUUCAGAUCUUGCGCUCAAAUAUUAUAAUCACUUUAUGGACCAAAAGAGCUUGAAAUAUUUUUUCCUUUUUCGCUUAUUUAUCUUUAUAUGGGUGUAAACUAGCGUGACCUCAUCACUCCUUCCACCAGUGAAGCACAAACUGCUGCUCCUUGAAGACAACACGCCAGGUGCAAUAUUCCCGUUGAGCUGGUGCUCAUCCGUUGUUGUGCAAUACUGCUUAAUACUUCUUGAGAUGCUAGUGAGUCUGCUAGCAACUACAUUUUUUACUUCCUUCUGGCAUACUGGGGCUUGCCGACAGAAGGUUAAGGUUUGUCUUUGUAGGCCAGUAUAAGAGUGGUGAGAAAUAUUUUUAAAUACUGACUUCUGUCUACCAUCACCUCUUCUCUGAAUGAUGCUUUUGUUCCAAUAUCAUAAAGACAAUGAGAAGUAUUAUCAUGAAUACAUCUUAUUCUGUCAUGUGCCAACGUGACUUUUGGAAAACGAUAAGCUUCUUUAAAAAACAAAAAUGUUUCAGCUGCUGGCAAUGAAUAAAAAAAAACUUAACCUUUUGUUCCGUCAAAUUUCUUCUUCCCGACCAAACAGAUAUUUUUGUCCACUUUGAAAUGUAAUUAGCAUAGUUAUAAGCAUGUAGUAGUAUUAACACACUAGAACAGUGGUUCUUAACCAGGGUUCGAUCGAACCCUAGGGGUUCGGUGAGUCGACCUCAGGGGUUCGGCGGAGAUCAAAACACACCCGAGUCUUCGUGUAAAUACAAACUUUUCCCUGUUGGCAUAUUACGGAUACGGCAACAGCUGAUUGAUUUGCAGGUGUGUAAUUUGUUGUGAGUUUAUGCAAUGUGUUGGUUUUGUUGUUUGAACAAGGUGAUGUUCAUUCACUGUUCAUGCACUGUUCAUUUUGUGCACCAGUAAAAAAACAUGGUAACACUUUAGUAUGGGGAACAUAUUCACCAUUAAUUAUUUGCUUAUUAACAUGCAAAUUAGUAACAUAUUGGCUCUUAACUAGUCAUUAAGUACUAGUUAAUGCCUUAUUCGGCAUGGCCUUAUUAUAAACCAAAUAACUCUAAAUGUAGUCUUUAUUACUUAGAAUUAGGGUUGGGUAUCGAGUAUCGAUUGGAACCGGGACUAACUUUCCGAUUCUCCCGCAAUCGUUCAAAAGUUUAAAUUUCGAUUCCUAGUUUCGAUACCCAGUCCGCCGACCCGGAAGAAGAAGCCGCUGAACACCAACGAAGAAGCGCCCACCGCCGGAUAGCGGGCGUCGACGGUCGAAAUUUUUGCUUUAUUUUACUAAAAAAAUGAAAUAUCGGCGAAAUGUAACACGUGCGACAGGACUGUUUCAUGCUUAGGAGGGUGCACGUUGAACAUGAUUAAGCACCUCCGAGUUCAUGGAGUACAAUUAAAUGUGUGUCCCGUCUUCGACAGGAGACACUAUCUGUCCAGAACGCUCACGCAUCCUGCCUGAGAAGGCGGAUCUGGUCAUUGUCCUAAACAAGAACUGUCUCUGAUUAUAUACUGUACCUGCUGCUAAUCUGGACUGGGUUUUGCAAGUUGUUUCUUAUUGUUUAUUUGCUUUUCUGCACCAGGUUAGCCUAUCAGUGGGAGCACGGUAACAUGUUUAAGUACCUGCAGCAUCAUACACUUGUGUGUGUAAAUGUGUUUUCAUGAGGUUUCCUGCAGCAUCAUACACUUGUGUGUGUAAAUGUGUUUUCAAAAAUAAAGCUCUCUUGAUGAAAGUGUA